CCUGUCCAUGUCGGAGUCCCACCUGUUUGAACCUUGAGCUGCCGUACGCCAAUUUUGCUACAUCGGUUUCUUCUGUAUUUCGGAUUCCUGAACUCGUAUGUUUUCUGAAUUCUAGAAUGCGAUGACGUCCGACCCCCGCCCAAAACAAGAUGGGAGUACAGGGUCUAUGUGUCGCGCAAACUUAUCGCCCGCUCAAGUCAUCGCGGAGGCGUGGCGACGCGAGUCUCCGCAAAGUCAAGAAUUUUGGCGGCAAGCAGAGGCAAAACGCAAAGAGCUCUACACAGUACCCCGGUCACAUCAUAAACCACGGGGAAAGAUGUAGGGUCCGUAUCUUGGUGGCAUGACUAUUGACAGUUAUUCGCAUUCUGUGUACAUAUAUUCAUUACUUUGGACGAUAUCAAUUGUACGAUUAGAUAGAUGCAUUAC